CAUUCCACCAGCAGCUAGAGCCCUGCCUGAGGAAGGCGCCGCCGCCGCUGCGCAUGGACCCCCGGCGCAGGCAGGCAGCGCUGUCUUUCCUCACCAACAUCUCUCUGGAUGGGCGACCGGUGCUGCAGGACGAGGAGGGCGGAGGAGGCGGCGGCGGCGAAGAGAACGAGCUCGGCGCUGCGACCGUUGCGAGGACACCGGCGGCGGCGGCGGCUGCAGCCUGCAAUAGCAGCAGCGCGAGGACUCGGCAGAGCCUGAGCGCCUUCCAGUCGCCCGCCCCGCACCAUCAUCACCCGCAACCGCAGCAGCCGCCGCCACCACCCGGGGCUUGCCCCAGCGCCUACAGCAGUAGCAGCAGCAGCAGCUGCAGCGCCAGGCCGAUGGGCCCCUUGGGAGCGGCAGGCGAGCAGCAGGAAGACGAGGACGGGGACGAAGACGCCUUCGCCGACGUGCAGGUGCCGGGCCCGGCUCCUUUCCUGGGCUCCUCCGGAACCCCCUGCGCCAGCGGCACCCGGGGUCGCCUCAACUCCUUCACUCAGGGAAUCCUGCCCGUCGCCUUCGCUAGAACCGUCCCGCAGAAUUAUGGCUGUCUGGAGCAAGGUCAGGUGGGCACCAGCGCCUUCGAGCUGCAGAGGUCCCGACGCCGGUUGAUUUCCCAGAGAUCUUCAUUGGAGACUUUGGAAGACAUUGAGGAAAAUGCACCAUUGCGGAGAUGCCGGACUCUCUCAGGCUCACCCAGACCAAAGAACUUUAAGAAGGUUCACUUCAUCAAGAACAUGAGACAGAAUGAUACAAGGAGUGGCAGAGAUGUGAAAACAGAAGGUGGGAGGCAGUAUCAUUCUACAGCAGGAGUUUGUCUGAAAGAUAUAGUUGGCCUUGAAGGUGUGGAAUUAGGAGCUAAUGGGAAGACUGUUUCUUAUACCCAGUUUCUUUUUCCAACCAAUGCCUUGGGAGCACGGAGAAACACCAUAGACUCCACCUCAUCCAUCUCACAGUUUCGCAAUGCAAGCCAUCGUAGCCUUUCAUUGGGAAGGGCUAACAGCACCCAAGGAAGUAUUGAUGCAGGCAGUGACUUGGGAGAUUAUACUGAAUACAACCCUAAUCUUUUAGAUGAUCCUCAGUGGCCCUGUGGGAAGCACAAGCGGGUGCUGAUAUUCCCUUCAUAUAUGACAACAGUCAUUGAUUAUGUGAAGCCAUCAGACCUUAAGAAAGAUAUGAAUGAGACCUUCAAAGAGAAGUUUCCUCACAUCAAGUUGACACUCAGUAAAAUAAGAAGCCUGAAGAGAGAGAUGCGCAAGCUAGCUCAAGAAGAGUGUGGUUUUGAGGAACCCACUGUGGCGAUGGCUUUCGUCUAUUUUGAAAAACUUGCUCUGAAGGGGAAACUCAACAAGCAGAACAGAAAGCUCUGUGCUGGAGCAUGUGUCCUACUAGCUGCCAAAAUUGGCAGUGACCUCAAAAAGCAUGAGGUCAAACAUCUUAUAGAUAAACUGGAAGAGAAGUUUCGGCUGAACAGGCGAGAGCUGAUUGCCUAUGAGUUUCCUGUGUUAGUGGCCUUGGAAUUUGCUCUCCAUCUACCUGAACAUGAAGUGAUGCCGCAUUACAGACGUUUGGUCCAAAAUUCCUAGCACAGGCUACCCUUCCAAGGAUGGGGAGGGGUUUCAAAACUAUUUUCUGUCGAGCUCCAAAGAGCAGCUGUCACUACUGGAAAUGCAAAAAUGGGAUGCGGAUGCCCUCAGCCCCCUUUAUACUUUUUUUCUGUGCAGCUUUUCAACAGGAUACUAGGAAUGAAGCAUUACAUUCCUUAUGACUCUCAGGCUAGAUGAACUAUUCAACUACUCAGUGCAAAUGAUGAACAGGUUUCAUGCGAGUGAACUGUGGGUGGAACAGAUUCGUAUUACAUGGACCAAAUGAGAACUUCCUUGAGUUGUCCUUAUCUUUUUUGCAGAGAUCAGCAGCAGCCUUCAACACACACUUCUUUUUAACUAUUUCAUUUGCAUAGUUGGAAUUUCAUCACCUUUCCUACAAGCAGCUGGUUUCUAAUGUAUGAAAUAAUCCCUCAAGCAGUGAUGAGUUGUGGUACAUAUCUUCACUGUGUCAACGAUGUGCCAAUCUAUUUUUGUAUCUCUUCACUGAAAGUGCACUUUUCCUUGUUGGUGGGUGGGUAUAUUGUUUAAUUGUAAACAGGGCAAUGGACAGGUUUAAAACCAGGCAGUAGCUUUGCAUCGUUUGUGUUUACUAAAAUAUAAGAGAAUGUUUCUCAGUUUGCUUAAACAAAACUACUGAAAAGGAGAUAUGGGUGUACAGGUAUUUGAAAUCUCUAAGUGAUACGCUGUAAUCUCUGAUGGUUUGAUUCUCCAUCCCACCCCACCUUCUUUUGUUCUCUAAAAAUUACACUACUUUUUAAAGAAGAAAGAUGAUAAUACAAACAAGUGAGAAAUUGUUGACCAAUCUUUCCACUUUUGUAUAUGAUGGUGUUCUGAUGUUGAGUACUGAAAAGAAAUGUCAUUUUAUGGGAAUCUUGUUUUAAGCCACGUGGGUAUUUCUAACCUCUGCACUUUUCCCUUGGUGGAGAUGGUUAGACUUGCACUCUGUAGUGUUUGUAUUUUGUGCUCUAUGUUAGAGUGCAUUCUGAGGCACAUUGAUGGUGCUGUAUUGUUUAAGCAGUGUUUUCUAGAACCAACUUGUACAACCAAGAAGCAGAAUUUGACAGCUGAGGGCUUUGACAGCAGACACACCACUCAGUGUGGGUAAUUCUUGUUGUUGAGUUAUUGUUGUUUUUAAAUAAAAUUAUCUGUACAACAUCAAAUUUGAAAGCAGGGGCCACUAAAAGAAUUCCUUUUUUAUAUUUCUCAGAUGUUUCACUAUAUUACAGUAUCUUAACACUGUUUGUAAAUUACAAAGUCCCCAAACAGAACUCCUUCUAUUGCAUUCUUUUUUUCUACAUACCUGUACGUGUGUACAAUUAUAUAUAAAAACUUAUGAGAAGACGAUGACAGCUGGAUGUGCUUGGUAUUAUACUAGAGGACAUGCAUUAAAUAAU